GGGGAGAACCCAGCCGCAGCGGGGGUGAGAGCUGAGGCGGCCGCGGGCGUCGCCGCCAGCAGCGGCCCCAGCCCGGCCAGGAACGGUGCCGCGACCCUGCCAGCAGGUUUUCUUCACCAGUGGAGUGUGAGAAAUAGAGACUGAAGAUGAGUGAGCUGGAACAGUUACGACAGGAGGCAGAGCAGCUGCGAAAUCAAAUCAGAGAUGCAAGGAAAGCAUGUAGUGACACAACUCUUGCUCAGAUCACAACAAGUCUGGACUCAGUGGGUCGAAUUCAGAUGCGGACAAGGCGUACGCUUAGAGGUCACUUAGCCAAAAUCUAUGCUAUGCACUGGGGAUCUGACUCAAGGCUACUAGUCAGUGCAUCUCAAGAUGGAAAAUUAAUUAUUUGGGAUAGUUAUACAACAAACAAGAUGCACGCCAUUCCCUUGAGAUCCUCCUGGGUGAUGACUUGUGCAUAUGCACCAUCUGGGAACUAUGUUGCCUGUGGUGGACUGGACAACAUCUGCUCCAUAUACAACUUAAAAACCAGAGAGGGCAACGUGAGAGUGAGCCGCGAGUUGCCAGGGCACACAGGAUACUUAUCCUGUUGUCGCUUUCUAGAUGACAACCAAAUUGUCACUAGCUCAGGAGACACCACUUGCGCUUUGUGGGAUAUUGAAACUGGUCAACAGACCACCACGUUCACUGGGCAUACUGGAGAUGUGAUGAGUCUCUCCCUAAGUCCAGACAUGAAGACUUUUGUUUCGGGUGCCUGUGAUGCCUCCUCAAAGCUCUGGGACAUUCGAGAUGGAAUGUGCAGGCAGUCAUUCACAGGACAUGUGUCAGAUAUUAAUGCAGUUUGUUUUUUCCCUAAUGGACAUGCAUUUGCCACCGGAUCUGAUGAUGCCACCUGCCGACUCUUUGACCUCCGUGCAGACCAGGAGCUGAUGAUGUACUCCCACGACAACAUCAUCUGUGGGAUCACUUCUGUGGCCUUCUCCAAAAGCGGUCGCCUCUUGCUAGCAGGUUAUGAUGACUUCAACUGCAACGUGUGGGAUACUCUGAAAGGGGAGAGAGCAGGUGUCCUUGCUGGCCAUGACAACCGUGUCAGCUGUUUAGGUGUUACUGAUGACGGCAUGGCUGUAGCUACAGGGUCUUGGGACAGUUUUCUCAGAAUCUGGAAUUAACUGGGAGCCAAACAUGUACAUUCUCCAUUUGAGACCUGGAGAGAUCAAUGCUGCAGCCUAUAGCUGUGAAAUUAACAUUUCUACCUUGUAUUUGCAGGUGAAGUUUUUCUAUUCACUGAUUAUUACACAAAAAGGCUUUCUGUAAACUAGAAAAAAAAAUCAAGUGAAGAAAUAGGGGAGGGGGGAAGAAAUCACUGACUUUUUAAAAAGGGGCCAGCACACAUAAUCAUGGUGACCGACAAACUAAGAGCCAGUCUUAUUGUUUUUGGUGGUUUGGUUAGAUUGUCCUUGAAGGGUUUUUGCUUGUGCUCAGUCUGCUAAUCCUGUACUUUUUUUGUACAUAACAGAGAAUAUACACAUUAUAGCAGCCAAUCAUGUAACAUUUGUCUGUAUGUAAAAAAACAUGUUUGCAUUUUUUAAGGAACUACAUUUAUAGCUUUGCUUUUAACCUGAGAUGUCACUUCUGAGUUUUGUAGUGGAUGAACUAGAUUGCUGUUUUCAAUGUUUUUGUGAAUUUACUGUAGAUAAAGUGAAGCCAAUGGUAUGUAUGUGUUUUUAUAAUGGAAGACAUUUGAAUUUUUUUAAAGGCCCUGGAGACUCCCAGUUAAUACCUACUGCCUUAUUCACACACUUGACCUGCUUGCCUGUUUUUAAUUGUGGGGGUUCUUCCUUCUAGCCAGUGGUUCCUGGUUCAUCCAUUGGCAGUCAUGGCCUCCAAACACCAAGGAGUUAAUGCCAGGCAGACUUGCAACAAUAGCAGAAAUAUUUAAAAAUGAAGAUAAAAUGAAACAAAAUCUGGUUCCAGAAGUUGUAGCUUCCUUACUGCAGCUCUUUGCAUCAGCUGCUCCCUGCAGUCCUUGGGUAGGGAAGCCAAGUGACCUGUGCCACUGUCAUGAAGUGGCUGAGUGCUUUUCCUUUGGACAGUUCAGCUCUAACUCAGUGGGGUGGUUUUGGCCCAUCACAAACUCCAGCUGAUUUGCACUAACAAAACAACUUGGCACGACUCUGGGCAUGCAGAAAGCAGCAGUGCUUCUGCAGAGCUUGCUCAGUUCCCACCAUCAGCUGAGGAAUUCAGAAGGACUUUGCUGAAAUUCUUAGAGAUGAUUUCCAAUGUGCAGUUAAUUGCCUGUAACCCCCCUCCAAAUGAGGGGGCUGCCAAAGCAUACCACAACCAAAAGCUCUUGUUGUCAGUUAUGUGCAGUGUGAAUUAUAAAAGGAAUUGUGUAACUUAGGAUAAACCAAGUAACCUUAUUUACCUGUGUGACCCUCUCAAACUUCAUACUACAAACUCAGCGACCUGCUUCUUCUCCUGUGGUCACAGAGGUCUGUGCCAUGGUGGCUUAUUAGAUGCUAAUUGUUCUGCAGCUCUGACACUGUAAAUAGCCAUUUCCUCUCCCGUUCCUGAUUUUAUUCUGAUUUUGAUGUCAGUUGCUUAUAAAUUAUAGGUUCUGAACAAGGACAGUUGAGUGUAGAUGUAGGAAACGCAAGUGGCUGAUGCCCAUUUGAAACUAACCAGGAAGAUUGCUUAACUUUUUGGUGCCUGGCUGCAUGCCUGUGCUUGCAGUGGAUGUUCUCUUGGAAUCUGAAUGUCUGCAGCAUUUUUGGAAGGGGGAAUGAAGUCUAUUGGCUUCUCUUAAGUGACUUAUUUUAAAGAUAACCUAAAUUUUAAAUCCUCGGGUUGGAAGAUGACGUGAAUCUGCCCCCAUCUGAAGUUGUGGGGAGUCGGGGUAUCUCUGGCAGUAAAUGUAAGUGCCCGGUAUCUUGUAAUAUACCAAAACAGAUUUGUGGCUGAGAGGACUAUUUGUCAAGUUUUGGACAUUUGUAAUCCUAAAUUUCAGUACUUCCAUACUGUGCCUGUAAACCUGCCAUGUCUGUAAUGGUGAAGGUGCCAAUAAAUGUACCAGUCGAUCACAGUAAAUCCACUUUCAAAUAAAGGAAAAGGCACAUCUUGUGCUGGAGAAGUAUACAUUUACUAACAGCAGACUGGUGUAGGACCAAAAUCACACUCUUGUAUGUCACAGGAAUUCCUCAGCAUUUUGCUUUAUGAUCUGUCUGCAUUAACAAACUAUUAUGGAAUUCUUGUUACUCUCUUAAGUGAGCAGCUCUCGGGAUCUUGCAGACUUGGUUUAUUUUUAAUGGUGCACUUGAUUAUUGUUUUUUAGCUCACAGCUGCCUUGAGUGAAUCAUUCUGGAAAUUUGUUACUAAGGAAUUUUAAGAUAAUAUUCUUUUUCUAAAAUUUUUUUUUUUCCAUAGAAGUGUGUUUUGAACCAGUUUCCUAGUCAACACCGUUGGAAAGACAGGUGCCAUUUUUACGUUCUGGUAUUAAAACUUGUUUCUACUUGUGAAACUCCAAAAACAAUUUUACAAAUGUAUAUAACUUUUCUUAAAAGUUCAAGUAGACUGUAAAUGUGGUAAUGGCUUUCAUACAGGUAUUACUGCAAAUAAUUUCACUGUUGUUGUUUGAUGGGCAAUUGUCUGUUGGGUUCAGCUGCUUUUAAAAUCAAUAAUAUGAAAUGCCAUCUACUCACUAAUGAGGUUUCCAGAAGGAUCAUACAAAUAUCUGCCAGCUUUUGCUGUUUGGUUAACCAGUGUUUGUAGUGCUGCAGGUCCUUUUGUGUUAGUGUACAAGGAAACCUGGAAGAAUCAUGGAAACAUUAAGGUUGGAAAAGACCUCUAGGAUCAUCAAGUCCAACCAUCAACCCAACACCUCCAUGCCAACCAAACCAUGUCCUGAAGUGCCACGUCUACAUGUUUUUUGAAUACCUCCAGGGAUGGUGCCUCCACCACCUACCUGAGCAGCCUGUUCCAGUGCUUCACCACUCUUUCAGAGAAGAAAUUGUUCCUAAGAUCCAAUCUAAACCUUCCCUGCUGCAAUUUGAGGCCAUUUCCUCUCGUCGUAUCCCCAGUUACUCGGGAGAAGAGACCAGCGCCCACCUCACUGCAUGCUCCUUGCAGGGAGUUGUAGAGUGGUAAGGUCUCCCCUCAGCCUCCUUUUCUCUAGACUAAGAAAAGCCUUAGCACAGCUGAGGAAGCAGUAGCUGAUGCUUCUUGGGAGCUUGUGAUAGAUCCUGCCAAGGUGGCGUUAGAUGUAGUUUGUUUGCUUUGGGGUUUUUUUUUUGUUUUUUUUUUUUACAGCCUACAGAUUUAGUGUAACAGUGUUAUUGUAUGAGGCCAGGUAAUGACCUUGCACGGGCUGUGGUAGCUUCUUCUUUAGGUGGCUGUCAGUGGUAUUUCAAGAUUGAUUCUCUUACUAAAAUGGAUGUGGUUUUAAUGGUAAAAGCUCAACCUUCUAGUAUAAGGGAGGUAAUUAAAUUCAUAGCAUUCCCUUUGAAGGUUUUAUUCCCAGCUUUGAGUCUCAAAUCGAAUUGUCUGUAGUUUGACACAGGCUCAAGGAUGCAGGUUGAGCUUUAGUGAUUUUUCACGCCUGCACACCAAGGCAGCACACUCUCCAUAUUUUGCAGCACCAGCGGGUACGUCUUAACUUGUCUUAAAAAGUAAGUUUGAUGCCAAACUACACCAUUAUCUGAAUUUCAAGUAACUUGUGUAAUUACAGAAAUGGAGGAACUGAUUGUGCCAAAGCACUGGCAAGGUAAUGCUUUUCCAGCCUCUCUCAAAGUCAAUGGAUUAUGGCUUGGAAAAUGCCACUCUGUGCUGCUUUAUGGAACGCAAUUUAUUUUAUUCAGGUACAGUUGGUGUUAUUUUUCUUUUUGUCAGCAUUUUCUGGUGUGCAUUUAGCUUUGCAAUGGAGAAUACUAAUCAGGCAAGUGCCCAGAUUGGGCUUGUUCCCACGUAGACUGGGACAUGGAUUUAUUGGUAGAGAUGCAGGUUGAGGUUCUGGAAACUACACAAAGUUUCCACGUGGCAUCCUGCAGAUGUGCACUCACUGCCCUGGCACUGCGGGCCCCUUCCCCUCAGUCUCCAGACCUUUUUUCUUCCAACCCUGCCUUUCCUCUGCCUUGCCAAAUUACAGAUAAAUUGUGGUAUCUGGCAGAACAGGCAGUUCAAUGUAUUGACAGCAGCCUCAGCUGCCCUUUGAAGUGGAACAGGGAUGAAACAGGCUUUUCCCCCUGCCUAAGGCGAGGGCCUGACCUUGACUUGGCAAAGCCAAAUUGCUGUAAGAGCUGGUCCUGGUGUGCUUACUGUGAUGCAUGGGUUGGAAAUAGUUAACUCAUUAAUUCAAUUAGUGUACCCGCUUGUCCCACGAUGAAGUUCACAUUUCUUUUAAGGUGGAAUGAAACCAUUGUGAAAACAUUCCAAGAGUGCUUAUUAGUCUUUCCUCUUUGAGGACACUGUCACCGCCACUAGGUUUAGUGCUGUGCUUUAAGAUGUUGGUGAGAGUAUUGGCUAAUUCAACUAGUUGGUAUAAAUGGUUGUGUAGCAGAAUGACUGAUUUUUGAGAUAGCAUUUCCUGUACAAGUAAUUAAGCAUGGGUUGAUGGUGCACUUUGUAUACAGUAAUCUGGCAUGCAUGCUGGUAAAACUACUUCCUACACUUCAGAGGCACCACAAGCCUUUUUAUCCAAUUGCUGGUUAUGUAAAAUACAUGCAGAAUGUUAAUGCAGUGUUGUUAUGGUAAAUGUGUGAACAGUGUUACUAAUUGAUAUAACUGAUAACAGAUUACAUGUGCCUGACAUUCUUAUACCACACAGUAUGUUUAGGUUGUAACUAAUAUGGACUUCGGUGGAAUAGUCUUAGAUAUUUCAAGCCUUUGUUUUACUUACACAAUGGUGCUCUAUUUGUGGGUUUUUUCUUUUUUUCUUUUUCCUUUUUUUUUUUUUUUUUUAAAGGAAAGCAUCUGAACACUUGUAGUACAUAUUACAUCCAAAGGAGUCCAAAACUAAAUGCUUCUAACCAUGCUUGAUUUUAAUUUGCCUUUAGUUUCCAGCAUUUCUCAUCAGCUAGGUUUUUGGUUUUUUUUUUUUUUUACUUGUUGCUGACUACUUUGGAAAACUUUGGUAAUGUUACCAAUUAUGAAGUGAUUCUGCACUGCCUUUGGAUUGUGUAUGUAUUCAGAACAGUCUUAAAGCUUUUAUUUAAGCUAUUAAAAAAACCAGGGACUUGUGCCAUUUGUUCUUUAACAGUGCUGUUGUAAAAAGACUUCCCUGUGAAAAAAAAAAAUCACUUGCUAUGAACUCUUGUUUAUAGCUUUUUUUUUUUUUUCCACAAUGGAUCUUUUUCUUUGUAUUUGUACAGUGGCUCAGUGAAAGAUGUUGCCAUGAGUUGAUAUUGUAACCAAUAAACAAGUGCUUUUAACCAGA